UUAGUAAUUUAGUCUUGAUCAAACUGUGAAAACUGAAUGGUGUUGUUCUUUCUCUAUACAAAUUUGCUUGGGAUAAUAUUUGAUUGCAAUAAAUAAAUGCGUGCGAGUAAAUUUUGAAUAGUUCAAUCAUCUUCUUAGUUAUAAAAAUUUGUAUUGUGUGGAAUUGGUCAAAUAAAAAGAAAACUUAGUAAAAGUGUUAUUUACAGAGUUUCGAAAGGUAUAAUAGUUGACCUAUAUAAAAGAAAAAACAUAAACAAAUCCCUGCAAAAAAAGAAAAGAAAAAAUUAUAAGAAAUGCCGGCCCGCAUCGCAGAUGAGGUUGUUGUUGACACUGAGACAAGGGACGAAAGAAAUAAUGUUGGUCGUUCAAAAGAUGCAUGUGUUGCUAUAAGUGGUAUCUCUGGCCGUUUGCCAGAGAGUUCCAAUAUUGAAGAAUUCAAAAAAAAUUUAUUUGAUGGAGUAGAUAUGGUAAACGAUGAUCCUCGUAGGUGGCCUAAAGGGUUGUACGAUUUACCAGACAGGCUGGGUAAAAUCAAAGACAAAGAUCUAGAAAGUUUCGACCAGCAAUUUUUUUCUGUUCACCAAAAACAAGCCGAGUGUAUGGAUGCACAGUUGCGAAUGCUUUUAGAAGUGACUUAUGAAGCCAUAAUUGAUGCUGGCGUCAAUCCGCAAGAUAUCCGUGGAAGCCGUACGGGUGUUUAUAUAGGUGUAUCAUCUUCAGAAACUGAACAAUAUUGGUGCAACGAUCCUGAUCGUGUCAAUGGAUAUGGUUUAACCGGCUGCGCCAGAGCAAUGUUCGCUAAUCGUUUAUCAUUUACGUUCGAUUUUACCGGACCAAGCUACUGCGUCGAUACUGCUUGUUCAAGUUCACUAUACGCUUUAGAGCAAGCUUUCUCCGACAUGGAACGCGGAGUUUGUGAUAAUGCCAUUGUAGCGGGCGUUGGCCUCAUUCUCAAGCCUACAAUGUCACUGCAAUUUAAGCGACUCAGUAUGUUGAGCCAGGAUGGUAAAUGUAAAGCUUUCGAUGAAACAGGAAGUGGCUAUGUUCGAUCUGAUGGAUGUGUCGCUAUAUUUCUUCAAAAUCCAAAAAAAGCAAAGCGAAUUUAUGCAUCAAUUUUGAAUGUUCGCACAAACACAGAUGGAAACAAAGAACAAGGUAUAACAUACCCAUCAGGAAAAAUGCAAAACAAGUUGAUUAAAGAAACUUACGAAGAAAUCAAUUUAAAUCCACAUGAUGUUGCUUAUGUAGAGGCUCACGGAACGGGAACAAAAGUUGGAGAUCCCCAAGAAGUAAAUUCGAUAACUGAUUUCUUCUGCAAGAAUAGACAGAGUCCACUUCUCAUUGGGUCAGUCAAAUCCAAUAUGGGUCACUCUGAGCCAGCUUCGGGUGUCUGCUCAAUAGCGAAAGUUUUGAUUGCUAUGGAGGAAGGCAUUAUUCCCGCUAAUUUGCAUUAUUCCAGUCCAAAUCCUGAUUUGUAUGGCUUGGUUGAAGGACGCCUUCAAGUGGUAAAUAAAAAUAUGCCAUGGAAUGGCGGUAUAGUUGGAAUUAAUUCUUUCGGAUUUGGUGGAGCCAAUGCACAUGUUAUUCUUAAAUCCAAUCCCAAACCAAAGGCUGUCACUCCUAGAGAUGGACCACCAAAACUAGUUACUGUUUCAGGUAGAACCUCUGAUGCUGUUCAAUAUUUCUUAGAAGAUGUUGAAGAACACAAGAAGGAUGACGAAUAUUUGGCUUUAGUAAACGGAAUAUAUUUGAAAAACAUUCCACUCCACCAUUAUCGUGGAUAUGCUGUUUUGAAUAGUAAGGGUUCAGCAAUUAGAGAAGUAUUGGAGCAUGUAGAUGAAAAGCGACGAAUUUGGUUCAUCUACUCUGGCAUGGGUAGCCAAUGGGCUAAUAUGGCAAAGGAUCUUAUGUCAUUUGAAGUUUUUAGCCAAAGUAUUCACCGAUGCUCUGAGAUAUUGCGACAAGUUGGAAUGAACUUGUUGGACAUUUUGCUUAACUCAAUAGAUGAAAGCUUUGAUAACAUCUUGAAUUCUUUCACCGCAAUUGCUGCUGUACAAAUUGCUUUAACCGAUAUGCUUACUAGUAUAGGAAUACAUCCGGAUGGAAUUAUUGGUCAUUCGGUUGGCGAAUUGGGAUGUGCUUAUGCAGAUGGCUGUUUCACUCCAGAACAAACUGUGCUGGCUGCUUACUGGCGUGGAAAAAGUUUACAAGAUACUAAAUUAGUAAAAGGAAAAAUGGCAGCCGUAGGAGUUAAAUGGGAAGAUUGCAAUGACUUGCUUUCUCCGGGGGUGUUUCCUGUUUGUCACAACAGCGAAGAUAAUGUAACUAUUUCGGGACCGGAAGCAGAAAUCUCAGCUACGAUAGAAGCGUUAUCAGGAAAAGGAAUAUUUGCAAAAGCUGUAAACUCUUCUGGAUAUGCUUUCCACAGCAAAUACAUUGCCGAUGCUGGCCCAAAACUCCGCAAGAGUUUGGAAAAAAUUAUUCCAAACCCUAAAAACCGUUCUUCACGAUGGAUAAGUACAAGUAUUCCUGAAUCAGCAUGGAACACUCCAGUUGCAAUGCAAAGCUCAGCAGCUUAUCAUGUAAACAACUUGCUAUCCCCUGUUCUUUUUUAUGAAGCUCUACAAAAAGUUCCAAAGAAUGCAAUUUGUAUCGAAAUAGCCCCAACCGGACUUCUUCAAGCUAUUCUCAAACGUGCCCUUGAUAGUUCCUGCACCAAUAUUAGUUUAUUAAAAAGAAAUCACGAAAAUAAUGUUGAGUUUUUCCUGUCUAAUAUUGGUAAAUUAUACGCAGCCGGGGCCCAACCAAAUAUCAUAAAAUUGGUACGGCCGAUCUCGUACCCUGUGGGAAGAGGAACUCCAAUGUUGAAUUCAAAACUUGGCUGGGAUCAUUCACAAAAAUGGAUGGUUCCAAAGUAUGGUAGUGAAACAUCGUCUGGGGAGACUGUUGUCGAAGUUAAUUUAGCCGUAGAAGAAGACUUGUUCUAUGUAGGGCAUACUAUCGAUGGGAGAAUACUAUUCCCAGCAACGGGUUAUAUAACCCUGGCUUGGAGAACAUUUAUUAAAAUUCAUGGAUUAGAUAUAAAUCAAACGCCAGUUAUUAUCGAAAACGUAGUAUUCCACAGGGCAACAAUUUUAAACAAAGAAAGUUUGGUAAAAUUUGGUAUAAAUUUCUUUAACGGAACUGGUGACUUUGAAAUCUGUGAGGGUGGAACUUUAACUGUUUCAGGAAAAAUUUCAAUUGUAGAAAAUGUUACUAAUGAAGAACUACCGCCUCAAAAUCAAGACGUUGAAAAUCCAGUUAUGGAUCUGAAGAUAAAUGAUGUUUACAAAGAAUUGCGUCUACGAGGAUACGAUUACGGUGGAGAAUUCAGAGGAAUUGUUGCAUCAGACAUUAAAGCUACAGCCGGAUAUCUCAACUGGACGGAAAACUGGGUUUCCUUUAUGGAUACCAUGUUGCAAUUCAGUAUUUUAAAGAAAGAUCUCCGUGAUUUGUAUUUGCCUACUCGCAUUGACAAGGUUAUUAUAAAUCCCAUAAAGCACUUUAAUAUGAUCAAAGAAAUACCUGAUAAAACUCUACAAGUUCGUUCAUACGAGUACUUGAACGUAAUUAAAAGUGGUGGGGUAGAAAUGCGUGGUUUGAAAGCUUCUAUGGCACCUCGUCGUUCAGGAUCUCAAGCGCAACCUAAACUAGAAAGAUAUACAUUCGUACCAAAUGAAAAUGCAAAUGAUUUGCAUGAGAAUCCAAAAAAUGCACGAUUACUAGCACUAACUGAGUCGCUGCAUAUUGUUUUGGAGAACUCGGCGGGAGCAAUUAAAAUCAAAGUUGUAGAGUUAGAUAACAACCGUAGUGUUGAUCAACUUUUAGCCCCAUCAGUUCUACGAAUCAUCGAAAGUGAGCCAACAAUUGCAGCAGAUGUUAUAAUUGCUACAAGUGAUCAAGAAGAACAUAUUCCAGCUACUUUGGGAGAUGUCGAAGUUCGAGUUGUAAAAAAAAAUAUUUUAUUAGAAGAAGUUGAAAAGAAUUGUCAUAUGGUAUUGGGAUAUGAUCUUCUAUCGCUGAAGAAUUCAGAUAUAUUAAAGCACAUGCUAAAAACAAUAAAAGCUGAAGGUUUCGUUUUGUUCGAUGAGAGUAAUCUGGAGUAUAAGAAAAGUGGUAAUCAAACGUUAAAGCAUUUUGGUUUGGUUCCUAUAAUUGAACAAAAGUAUGGGGAACGUUUGUUUGUUUUGGCCCGUUCAUUAACCAAUAUCGAUAAAAGAAACAUUUCAGUUGUUCACACCUCUGAUAAGAACUUUGAGUGGGUAGAUGAACUUAAAACUUGCCUAGUCGCCAGUGAAAUAGAGAACAAAUUUAUUUAUGUUGUGGCCGAAAAUCAAGAGUUCUCUGGAGCUGUUGGAUUCUUGAACUGCUUGAAGAACGAAGCUGGGGGUAAAUUUGUUCGUAUGAUUUUCAUUCAAGAUAAGGCAGAACCGUUUUCUCUAAAUUCCAAAUUGUAUACGGAUCAGCUACAAAAAGAUCUUGUUAUGAACGUAUAUAAAAACGGAUCCUGGGGAACCUAUAGACAUUUUACUAUUGAAAACCAAUCUGACAUCGAAACCCUGCCGGUGGAGCAUGCCUAUGUUAAUGCUUUGACAAAGGGCGAUCUUGCUAGUUUGAAGUGGAUUGAGGGACCGGUUCCAAAAAUCUCGACUGAAAGCAUAAGUGAGGAUUGUGAAUUGUGUAGUGUUUACUACGCACCUAUAAAUUUCCGCGAUGUAAUGCUGAGUUCGGGUAAACUCUCGGCAGAUGCUCUUCCUGGAGAUUUGGCCCAACAAGAUUGCGUUUUGGGCCUUGAGUUUGCUGGACGAAAUUUAGCAGGUGAAAGAAUUAUGGCUAUGGUCCCUGCGAAAUCAUUGGCAUCGACCUGUAUUGCAAGCAAACGUAUGAUGUGGUCAAUACCCGAUAAAUGGUCGAUGGAAGAAGCAUCAACAGUCCCUUGUGUAUACUCAACUGUGUACUAUGCACUUGUUGUUCGAGGACAAAUGAAGAAAGGAGAAUCUAUUUUAAUUCAUGCUGGUUCCGGCGGUGUUGGACAAGCUGCUAUUUCUGUUGCUUUGAGUCACGGUUUGACAGUCUUUACUACUGUUGGAAGCAUUGAAAAACGUGAGUACUUAAAGAAGAGAUUUCCUCAACUUCUGGACAGUCAUAUUGGAAAUUCUAGAAAUAUAACGUUUGAACAGAUGGUAAUGAAUGAAACAAAAGGAAAAGGUGUUGAUUUAGUUCUUAAUUCAUUGGCCGAAGAGAAAUUACAAGCAUCUGUUCGCUGUCUUGGACUUAACGGUCGUUUCUUGGAAAUCGGCAAGUUUGAUUUGAGCAAUAAUUCGCCACUUGGGAUGUCAGUAUUUUUGAAAAACACUUCAUUCCAUGGAAUUCUACUCGACAGUGUUAUGGAAGGAGAAGAGUCAAUGCAAAAUCAAGUUGUGAAACUCGUUGCUGAUGGUAUUAAGACUGGUGCGGUUCGUCCAUUACAAACAUCUGUUUUCACCGAAAUGCAAAUUGAACAAGCAUUCCGAUACAUGGCUUCCGGCAAACACAUUGGUAAGGUAGUCAUUAAAGUGCGAACUGAAGAAACAGGCCAAUUAAAAUACAAAUCAGAUCUUCGUAUGUACACCGCUAUUCCCCGAACCUAUAUGCACCCAGAAAAAGUGUACAUUCUUAUUGGAGGACUUGGUGGUUUUGGUUUGGAAUUAACUAAUUGGCUUGUGCUGCGUGGGGCAAACAAAAUUGUGUUAACAAGCAGAUCUGGUGUCAAGACCGGAUAUCAGAAUUUGAUGAUAAGCAGGUGGACCCAACAAAAAUGUACUAUUAAAAUAGAUACAAAUGAUAUAACAAGUUUAGACGGUUGCCGCAAGUUAUUGAAAGCAGCAAGUGAACUAGGUCAUGUUGGUGGAAUAUUUAAUUUGGCAGCUGUACUCAGAGAUGGUCUGAUCGAAGAUCAAACAAAAGAAGAUUUUGAGGCUGUAUGUAAACCUAAAAUAGAAGGAACAAUUAAUUUGGAUAAACUAUCACGUGAACUCUGUCCAGAACUUGAUUAUUUUGUCUGCUUUUCAAGUGUUUCGUGUGGACGCGGAAACAUAGGACAAACAAAUUAUGGUUUAGCCAAUUCUGCAAUGGAGAGAAUAUGUGAACAUCGGCAAAUAUCUGGAUUCCCAGGUACUGCUAUCCAAUGGGGAGCUAUUGGUGACACUGGUUUAGUGAUUGAAAAUUUAGGAGACAAUAAUACAGUUAUUGGAGGAACUUUGCCACAGAGGAUGUCUUCAUGUCUGCAAACAAUUGAUGUUUUUCUACAGCAACCCCACCCAGUUUUGGCAUCAAUGGUUGUGGCCGAAAACCGCAAAAGUGAUUCCACUUCCGGUAUUAGUUUGACAACAUGCAUUGCUAAUAUCUUGGGACUGAGAGAUAUAAAAAAUGUUCAAGAAAGUUCAACUUUAGCAGACCUUGGUAUGGAUUCCUUGAUGGGCGCAGAAAUAAAACAAACUUUAGAAAGAAACUUUGAUAUUGUCCUAUCAGCUCAAGAAAUACGUAUGUUGACAUUUGGGACAUUGAACACACUAACUGGUGAAACUAAUCAAACUUCAAGUGUUUCCCCAGUGGAAGAUCCAUCAAGAGAUGCUCCUAGUCCUUUUGGAGAUGGAACGCAAGUUGUCUUUGCCUCACAGUUGAUGCCAACUGAACCCAUUGUGCAACUUAAGUCAGGAGCCCCCGGCAGCUCGAAGAAACGCCCAAUUUUCUUCGUGCAUCCUAUUGAAGGGUUUAUAACACCACUUGAGCGCCUUGCUGCACGACUUGACUGUCCCGUUUAUGGAGUACAGUGCACGGUUGAUGCGCCUAUAGACUCAGUAGAUGACUUAGCUGCAUUUUACAUAAAUAAAAUCAAAACGAUCCAACCUAAAGGCCCAUACGCUAUUGCAGGCUAUUCAUUCGGGGCAUUGAUCGCCUUUGUUAUGGUCACACAACUAGAAAAUAACAAUGAAUCUGCAAAAUUGGUAAUGCUUGAUGGUGCUCCUAAAUAUGUAAAUUGGUAUACCCAAUCACACAAACAACGGUACAAUUCAUCAGAAGAUAUGAAUCAAAAUCAGUCAUAUGCCCUUGCUUACUUCGGUAUGGUAUGUGGCAACUUGGAUUAUGGAGGUGUUGCUCGGCUUUUAAUCAAAAUUCCAACGUGGGAAGAUAAAGUUGAAAAAUGUGCUGAACUUCUACAUGCAGAAAUUGAAAAGCCCAUAGAAUUGAUUAAACAGAAUCAAUUUGUGGAAUAUUUUACUCCAAAACCAUUAUUUGGUCAAAAGUCUACCUAAAUAUGCGUCUUUAGACGAGCAAAAAAAUGUAAAUGUUUUUAUUGUUUGCAUUUUGUUUGCUCGCUACUGUAUAUAAAAUUGGGAUCUCGGAAACGGCUCUAACGAUUUCGAUGAAAUUUUCAGGGUUUGUUCAUCUAAGCGAGUAAAAAGUUUUGGAAGUAUUUUUGGAAAAAUCCGCCCACUGCCACGCCCACUUUUUUAACAUAUAAGUUUUUUCGGGAACGGCUCUAACGAUUUCGAUGAAAUUUUCAGGGUUUGUUUAUAUAAGCGAGUAAAAAGUUUUGGAAGUUUUUUUUUUGAAAAAUCCGCCCACUGCCACGCCCACUUUUUUAUUAUAUAAGUUUUUUCGGAAACGUCUCUAAUGAUUUCGAUGAAAUUUUCAGGGUUUGAUCAUCCAAGAAAGUAAAAAGUUUUGGAAGUUUUUUUUUGGAAAAAUCUGCCCACUGCCAAGCCCACUUUUUUAACAUUUAAGUUUUUUUUCGGAAACGUCUCUAACGAUUUCGAUGACAUUUUAAGGGCUUGUUUAUCUAAGGGAGUUAAAAGUUUUGUAAGUAUUUUUGGAAAAAUCCGCCCACUUUUUUACCAUAGAAUUUUUUUUUAAACUUUAAAGAUUUCGAUGAAAUUUUGAGGUCCUCUAGACAUUUUGGAAGUAUUUUCUCUUAUAUUAGUUUUGUUUUCGCAGAGAGAGUUUCAACGACUUCAAUAAAAUUUUGAGGGAUGGUUCCAUGUUUUACGCAUUGUUCUUUUUCUUUUUGUUACAAUAACUAAACAAAAUUUUUUAGAUCAUGACUUUUUUGAUCAUGUAUUGAUCAUUUAUUCAGUUGGUUGUUUUUUGUUCUGAAAAACCCUGUUUUGUUGAAUUCAAAUUGUAAUAUUUUGUGAUCUAACUGCAACUUAGGAAACUUUUAUACUUUUUUGAAAACUACAAUAACAGGGCAACUUUUUAAAAUAAUAAACCAUUUUCACAGCGUAAAAUUUUUUUUGCGGUGUUGGUCGCAAAUAAAAGUUAGAAAUAGAUUUUUUAUAAAACUUGAAACUGUUAGUUAAUUUGCAGCGAAAUAUGGCGUAUGGAAUAAAAAAUAUUUUGAUUAAUUAAUUGUUCCUAAUUAUUGGCAAUGUUUUCGUAAAAGAAUUAAAAAAAAAAAAACAAAUAUCAAUAAUGGGCGCAGGAAGCAAAAUACUGUUGUCAAGUAG